AUGGAUUUCUCAAAUAUGACAAGCACCGUGCUGCCGGUGAAUUUUACUACCAAUAUGUAUAAUGAUAUGUAUAAUGAUACCGUACAGGAAGAAGUGUGUGAAAAUUGGAGAGAAAUACACCACUUGGUUUUCCAUCUUGCAAACGCAUGUUUAGCGAUCGGAGUGGUAAUUCCAACUACUCUUAAUUUUCAUAUGAUUUUUUUUCGCGGCAUGCUGUGUCUAGGUAAGCUAUUGAAUCCUAUGUGUUUUUAUUAGUUUUUUGAUAGUUAACAUGUAUUUCAUGUAUUCCACCUCUCUGUUCCUGUACGUCCAUUUGUCUGGUUACAAUUACAUGUCUGUUAGUCCACCCAUUGUACAGCGCUACGGAAUCUGAUGGCGCUAUAUAAAUAAUAAAAUAAUAAUCUACAGGAAACCUGCCUGCUGGAGUCUCUGGUUUUCAUAUAAUCUCCAAUAACUGGAUUUUAGAAUGAACCAGUCUCUUUUCUCAGUACUCCCAGCAUAUAUGGGUGCAAACCCCACUCAAGGGAUAAGAUCUUCCAUACAGGAUACCAAAUUACAAGGGAUUUAAUAAGUGUCCUGGGAUAACUAUUAACGUCUUGUGUAUUAUUAUUUUCUAACCAUAUGAACUAUAAGUCAUAUCUAUCUUUCUCAUAGUUUUACUAGAAUAGCCAAACUAUGUUUAAGGCAAUAAAAACAGUCAAGUAUUUCACUUAACAUUAUGUUAACACUAGUUUUUUUUAAAAAUAGUUCUCCAUUUCAAUAGGAUAAUAGAAACCCUACUAAGACAUUAGUGUAGUUGUUAAAAAGUCAAAUUACAUAAUUUUAUGUAACUUUACUUAAGAAGUGAACUAAGAAUGUGACUUAGCAUUUUAUGAUCUCAUAUUGUAAGACACGCGUAGAGAGACGAGAUCAGUGCAGGCUUUGUAGCUAAGCUCACGAAACAAAACCCAAAACAUACUUUUGAAUAUAAUUUUAAAAAAAGAAUAUGAAAUGCAGAGUUUAUAUUCUUUUUAUUUUUUUUAAUAAAACAGUAACUAGAUGAGAUUUAUGUCAAAAUUGCCAAAUUGAUAGUACAUAUUUAAUGGGACUAAUUCUAUUAACACAGAUACAGUUAACUUUUAACUUGGGGGUAAGCAGCAUAUAUGUAUAUCUUGCCUAAUAGAAUUUAGUCCCAAUGCAUAUAUGUACGACAUAAACCCCCCACAUCUUCCUAUUUUUUAUGUAUUUAUCUAUUGUGGUUAAAUAACAAUUGAAUUCUAGAUAUGUAUCAACAUUGUUCUUAUCUGCUUUCACUAAUUAUCUUGUAUGGGCUAAAUUUUCUCCAUUCUGGUGCUUUUACAUGGAUCUGUGAGCCUCUAAUAUAGAAAUAUUGGCGUGUCUUUGCAGUUGGUUAUGUCUCCACAAUGUGUGUUCACCAAGUAGAUGUUAGGUGAUUCAAACCAUAUUGAGAUUAUGAAAUUCCUACUCAUUGCUCACAUAAACAUAAGGUGGUCAUGCGUGAUGGCAAUAAAUCAGUAAUGCAGUAGAAAUGCAUCCUUGGAAAAUAAAGAGGAAAAAACUAUUAAAAUGUUUACGUAGUGGCCAUUGACAACAUGUAGAGUGGUCUAACAAUUUGACAGUGGAGUGAAAGUUGCAUUGUUACAGUUCCCAACAUGUCACUGUCUUGUUAAAAUGAUCUGAUAUAAAAAAGGAUAAUAUGAUUUCUGAAUUGCCAGAAGAAAAACAAAGCGGACCGCACUUUCAAUAAACCAACUGCUUCAGUGAUGCAAAUCCUUCAAAACACUGGUAUAUUCAAACAUAAUGCAAAAUAAUUGGAGUCUCAGUAAACCUCAUACAGAAUAAUAGAUCAACAAGUGAAUGAACAAAAAAAAAUCUAAAAAGUGUGCACAAAAUGAUAACAAAAAACAAACAAAAAAAACCAACAAAUACCUGCACGAACAAGGGGAACAAAUGACAAAAUCUAGGUAAAAGUAGCAGGACACUGAACGCAUUUUGCAUCCAAGACCGACUCAUUAUUAACACAAGUAAAAUGGACCACCCAUAGUGCAUUUAAAAGACAUAUUUUAAAUGCACUAUGGGUGAUACAUUUUUACUUGUGUUGAUCUAUUAUUCUGUAUGAGGUUUACUGAGUCUCCAAUUAUGUUGCCUUACCUUUGACUAAACCUGUACAUUGAAGGAUUUGCAUUACUGAAGCUGUCUGUUUCUCAAAGUGCAGUCCACUUUGAUUUUUUUCUGGAAAUUCGUGACUAUGGAACACUAGGACCAGCACCGGGAGCAAGAAGUAAGUGCAUUUCUUUUUUUAAUCCAAUAACUCCUAGAGUUUGGAGCUGCGGCAGUAGUAUUACUUACUUUUCUAACAUGAUUCCUGUGUUUUCAAAUUGUCUUUAAUCAAUAGUUAUUUUUUUUUUAUAGUUGUUUCACUGAUUAGAUUAUAGUUAACUCAGGAACUAACUACCAGAUGCAAAUAUCAGUGCUUAUACUGCUUUACAAGGAGCUAACUUGGAGGCACCCAGAUGCAAAAUAAAGAGGUGUAGAUCUUCACAUUAAACAUUUUUCGCACGUCAAAAAUGCAUAUUUGUUAAAUAUAGGGGAUAAGUAAAUGUAGGGAGUGCCUUGAAACGCCACCUGAUACUAGCCAAUCAGUAAGCACUAUACGUUUAUUUAUAAUGAUAAACACCCAUCAUCUAACUGGAAAAUUAGAAAAUGGGAUUCAAUUGCUGUAUGUUCUUACACCAAAAAGUAUAUCACGUCUAUGAAUAAUCCUAGAUUGAAUUAGAGAAAUGUCCUCAUGUUAGUAGAAAUCAUUCACAGGAAAGAAAUCUAAUUUUUUAAUGUUUUUUAUAUAUAUGUAUAGGUUUAUGAAUGUGGAUGUAUAAAUGAGUGUAAAAAUUGCUUUCCAUCACUCAGUUUACACCAAAAGAGAUUAAAUACAGAUUAUCUUUCUUCAGAUAAUUAAAUAUGUCAGUAACUUUGAUGUCUGAGCAGUGACAUUAUGCAUCUCAUCUUUUCAGAUUAUAAGAAAUAUAAAUAGAUCAGGGGUUUAAUAUCUGCUGGAAUAAAUGUCAUGGCUUGACACACGAUUUGUGGCUUUGUAGGUAGCGUGGACAAUGUGAGCCAUAGAUCAAACAUCCAUUUACAGGUGACAUAUUUCUGUAUUGAUGAUUAGACGUCUGACACCUACAAGUGACUGUCAAUGUUGAUUAAAGGGCAUACCAUUAAUUGAUAUUUUCAAUGAACUUUAUCUGGCUAUUAUAACAUCAUUUAAUGGCAUAUUGAGUGAAGCCAGGAUAAAUCGAUCAAGCCUCUUUAUAUAAAAUCAUUAAUAAGUACAUUAUUCUAUUUUAUUUUUAUUUUUUUCAUCUGCCCUAGCCUCUUUCCCACAAAGACUUGUAGUUUUUAAAUGUUGGUUUAUUGAGAUAUUUUUAAAUUAGCGUCUCUUUCUGGGUAUUUAUUAUAAAGUCUGCUUGACAGUAAUAACGCAUUUUCAGCAAGUCAUUCACAUAUCCUCAGCAAGGUUAUUAUUAUUAUUUUUUUAUUUAAAGGUGAAGCAUCAUUAAUUAUGAGGAAAAGUUCUGAGUUGUAAGGCUGUCAAAUUCAUAGCAGAAAUUACUUUAUUGUGCCAUUUACAUGCGCAGACAGAUAGUAAGUGUCAGUGCAGAAAGACUAGAACAAAAUGUCUCUUCUGCUUUGUAAGCCUUAAAGCACAUAUUAAUUUUCCUAAAUUUUACAGUUUUUUUCUCUAUCAUUUCCUGCCUCUCAUUGUUCAUCUGAGCAUUUUAAAGUCUUUUUCAUUGUAUAUUGUAACUGUGUAACUUUAUAAUUUUCUAUCCUUCUCAUUUCUGCGGAAAUACGUACCAUUAUCAUCAGGCCUAAAAAUGUACCGGAUAAUAAUGGCAUUUUAUAAAUGUAAAAACAUUUAAAAUUGUAUGUAUACAUAUUUCAAUGGCCACUGUCUGAAAGGGCUUUCGACCAAAUUGCAUUAUUACAUCUCAUAAGUAUUCAUGCUAGAUAGUAAUAAUUGGGCAUUUAAAUGUUUCAAAAUGCUUCUAGGAUACGCGUGAGUCAUUUUCUCAUUACCACUGCUUGGAGUAUGAAACCAUAUGCAUCUCCUGAUAACGUCAUCUAUAUACCUGACAACUAAUUCGGAGGUUUCUACUCCAAGUUCAGGGUGGUUAUUGGCAUUUUUAUGGUCACACAGUGCAAGAUUGACUUCAUAUUAAAUCUGUCUCACCAGCUAUUUACAACUUUCCAAGGUAUGGCAAUGUGUAUAUUAUGAAGACAAGAUUAGGAAACAUGUCUGUAGCAUGUGGCAUUACAACAAACUGACAAACUGGCAAAACUGGGGUUUCAAGAUGCUUACUCCACUUGGCCAAAAAUCUUAAUAUCCAUAAAGGGAACAAAUAGUCCUGAAAAUAACAAGCAUUAUUUUGAGACAAUAGGUUCACUACUCUGCACCCCCCUUCUGUCCACCACUCUGUGUUUAAAAAAAAAAAAGUAAGUUAUAUAAAGACUACUUACCUACUUUCCAGUGCCGGGACUCCUGUGCUGCAGCUUCCUCCUCCACCUUCGAAGACGCCAGUAAACCUGUUGACGCCUUUGCAAUGUACUCCUAUCUAUUGCUUCUCAUAGAGAAGCAAUUGAUUGGAGGUUCACAUCUAUAGCCAUCUAUAGCCAAAUGCCGUGAUUCUUCAAUCAAAUGCUGCUAUCAGUAAGAUAGUAAGACAGCCACAGGUAGAUGUUAGGGUUAAAAUGACAGGACCACUGCUCCCAGACCCUUUCAUUGAGAUGAAGUGGUCUAGGUGACUUUAGUGUCCCUUUAAUAUGAUGUAAAUUACCUAAUCUAUAUUAUUAUUUUGUUUCUUUUUAUUUAGGGUGUUCCUUCUUCAUUUUAUGGGCCGUGCUUUUCCGAUGUGCUUUGGACAUAAUGAUGUGGAAUGUGACCUUCCUUAUUAUUAACUUUAUGCAUUUUAUUUACCUGGUAUAUAAAAAGAGACCUGUAAGUACUUAUUUUUAUUUUUUUUUAACUACAACUGGUGUGAGAGUGGGAUUUAUUCGCUAGACAAUCAUCUGUGAUGACCCGAAAGCUUGAAUUUAUGUUGUCCUUAAUUUAGUCUCCUAGUCAUCAACUUGCAAGCAUGGUUAUUAAAGGCCAAAUUUUGCAAAUAGGCUUUUAGUUUAUCAAAAUUCAUAGUUUAAUAAAUAUACAGCAUUUCAACGCUCUAAAUUGUAAGCUUUGAAUAAUUAUUUAUAUAUUUUGUAGAAAGUAGAAUUUCUAAGAUGCUAAAAGGCAUAUUUAGAGGCUGAUUAAGUAUUGAGUAGCAUGCACUAUGCAUUGAAGUAUUGGCCAGGCAUGCAAAUGUGAUAUUGUCUGUUUUGAUUAAUGUGGUCACAGUUUUCUAAAGAGGUCUAUUAGCUCAGUUAAUCCAUUUGUUUUCAAAUCAUGUAGCUCAUAGGUUAAAGGCAAGCUAUGUGCUUCCUUUAGCAUCUGAGUUCAAAGAAUUCAUGUAAUUAAUUUUGUAUAUGUCUCCGUACUUAAUAUCAGAUUCAAUUGGCAUGGCUUUUCCUGAUAAUAAAUAUAGAACUCUGUUUUCUUAAAGGAAUAUUCAUACUCCAUUUCUUACUGCAAAAAAACAUCAGGAUAUGCCACUUCGCUGUACAUAUAUACAACCUAGAAAAUUGUUUUGACUUAGGGCACCUUGGAGAAAUAUUGAAAUAUUAAGGGGGCCUUGAACCUAAAAAGUUUGGGAUCCAUUGCAUUAGUUCAUUCAUGUCACUUUCUAAAAUUAGUAUCCUUAUUUGGGAAUACCAACCCAUAUUUAAGGGUAUCACUGCAAACUAGGGAGCUGUUGGUUUUAGUCUAUACUAAAUAAGGGAGCUAUCUGCUAUACAGCUCCCUAAUUUGGUACCUUUAAAUAUGGUAAUCACAGAUAACGGUACUGUAAAGGAGCUCUAGUACUCCAACCGAGUACCUCUGUUGAUGGAUGCUCCUAGUGCUUCCCGAGGACUCCAAGCACUUCUCCAGACACUAUAAGCACUGCCGACCGAACCUCUCUUCCUGCAGAGAGUGAAUCUGGAACAAGCUCUUAAAAGAGCUUAGUGAUUAUAUCCAAGGGAGUAUACAGUGUACAGCAAUCCCCAGUGUAAAUGCUGCCUUUUCCCCCACACAUGAAAUGAGGCUCUAUGUUGAGGGUAAAACAGGAACUCAGCAGUCUGAGGGUUUAUUGGCACUUAUAUGCAACUUUUCCCACAAGGAUACCACCCACGUGGUCUUGUGGAACAACCAAUCAAAACAUUACAAUACAGUUUAACACUCCCAUUCAUUCCAGCAAAAUCCUCCUCUCGCCUGUGAUAGAAUUACUGUACACAAUGGGCUAAUGUAAUUAUCACAGGCAGGAAAAUACAGUUGUUAUACAAUUCUUAUAACUUUAAAAGUAUACAUGCAAUAUUAAUGCUUAUAUUCUAAAUCAGCAUACUCCAAAUGCAAAUAUACUCAAAAAAUCAGACAAUUCCCUCCAGUGGUUUAAAAGUUAGGUGGAUGUCCUUUUUGACCGACUGCAAGCAUGGCUUUCCUGCCCAAAACAGUUCCACGGAUUAAGGCUGUGCAGCCGGUCGAUCUUCUCCUCCGGUCGAUCUAUCCUGGAGAUAAUUGGCUUAAGUAACUGUAGUAAACUCAAUUAUCUCCAGGUACAGAAAAUAUCACUAAGUCACAACUGCAACAAAACACAUUAAAAUACAUAACUAAUAUUCUAAAGAACUGAACCCCCACAUUUGACCUAUCCCCAGAUAGCUUGGAUCUGGGCGCUCACUAUAGCCGAACAGCGCUCAGAUACCAAGAACACAGUCAAAUCUCCAUGGGGUUAAACCAUAGCAAGGCCUGAUGGCUGAUGAGAGACCGAGGAGGCCAGUUCCAACUGGUCUUGCAGUGUCCCUGGGACAACACCCUGCUGGAGAACAAUGGGACAGGAAACGGGGAGGGGAAGAGGCACACCUUCCCAUGGAUUCAAAGGGGCAGAAAAAGUGUCCCAAAAUCUAAUAAGCCAAAACAGACUUUUUAAAUGGCAAUACUUCCCAGUAUUUGUCACAUAGAGAACCAGUUACAAAAGGCAGUUUGUAACAGGUACUAAAUGUAUUCAGGGAGUUAUCUACUAAACAGUUGUAAGGUCAAAGAAAAGCUUUUUUUUCUUUUGACAUUUCAGCUGCUUGGUAGAUAGCUCACUAGUUUGGUGUCUUUAUGAGGGAUUGCCUUUUUAAGAAUACCCAAAUUGGGAGCUGCCUUCUAAUGUCGCUACCUAAUUUGGUAUCCUUUAAUAUGGCUAUCCCACAUAAGGUUACCAAAAUAGGGAACAUAUCUACUUUCUAAACCACUGAAAGAUUUAGUGGCAAUUGCAGUAUUCCAUUCCUCCAAAUGGAAAUUACAAAUCAAAAUGUGUAUCCAAGGCUGAUAAAAUAAGGAUUUAACAAGACCUGCUUGUAUUAGCAAAUGACAUAAAAUGUUCUUUCUUCUUCUUAUCUUAAAAUCACUAGGUGUCGAACAAUUAUAAUUUAAAGAUAAAAUAAUAAAACAAAUUAUACAUCUAGCAUAAUUUUUUUUAAUAAUUCUGGUAUAUAAUUAUAUCAUGUUGUAUUUUUUAUAAUGAAAUAUUUAUGAACUUAUUUUUUCUGCUCUGGAUCUCUUAUUUUUAUUCCAGAUUAAAAUAGAAAAGGAGUUAAAAGGAAUUUAUCACAGGAUGUUUGAGCCUUUACAUGUUCCUCCUGAGUUGUUUAAGAGGCUCACUGGGCAGUUUUGUAGUAUUCAGACUUUAUUGAAGGGUCAGACGUAUGCUGUGGAGAACAAAACAUCGGUUGAUGACCGUUUAAGCAUCUUACUCAAAGGAAGGUAAUAUAACAGGAGAAAUGGCAAUUAUUUGAAAGUUAGUACACACAUUCUGGAUUAUACAAAUUAUAGUCAAGCUACCAUUUUCUUACUUUUAAAUCCUGAUAGGACUGUUUUAUAUUUGGUGUAAGACAACAUAUAAUGUUCAUUCAAGUUAUUUUACAUCAGCCUUGUAAGUAAUCAAAAUUAAAGUACACAUGAAUAAUCAACAUCAAAGGAGCACUCACACACCUAAAGCACUUAACUUGCUCUCUUUUUCAUUUUACAAAAGUGCAGAUUUCAAUAGAAAUUUGUACUUUUAUAAAAUUACCUUUUUACACCCCAAGGUUGUCAAUCAGACAACAUGUCCUGUUACUUCCUGGUUUGGUUAGAUCAGUGAAGCUAAACUCAAGAGACAGCAAUUUACCAAGCACCCACCUUGCAAAGACUUCUCAUUGAGCUGCACUAGGAAGUCUGUGAUUGGACAGCCACAGAAAGUCUGUGCAGGUUUAGAAGAGGAGGGCUUGCAAAGGCAGCAGACAAGAGAACUGCAGGUUUUGUAAGCCAGAUUUAUUAUUAUUAUUAUUAUUAUUAUUAUGUUAUUAUUUAUAUAGCUAAAAUACAAAAAAGGUGCGCUAUACCUUUAAAAAUAUAAAGUGCAAACAAGUGCAUCAAAAGUGUCCAGUGCAGAAAAAGUGCAUACACAGCAAGUAAACACACUAAAUAUAAUACAAAUGAAAAAAUAAUUAACAAAUUAAUAACUUACAAGAAAUAAUAUCCUUUGGUACUCCAAAUGGGUUUAAAGCAUAUGGUACAUAUAAAAAAAGCACAAAGGAAAAAACAUAGUGUAAUAUUGUUAAGAGAAUAAAUAUUAAAACCAAAAGAAUUGGAAUAAAACUCACAAACGAAGAAGAGUGAAAGCCUGCUCUAAUUUAUCCAGCUCGUAAUCCACAACCCAGGACUUAAAUGGUGAUGAAAACAGCAGGAGGCCAGCUUGAUCAAAAGAUGCUCUUCGUUUGUGAGUUUUAUUCCAAUUCUUCAAUUUAUUCCAAUUAUUCUUUUAACAGUAUUACACUAUGUUUUUUCCUUUGUGCUUUUUUUAUAUGCUUUAAACCCAUUUGGAGUACCAAAGGAUAUUAUUUCUUGUAAGUUAUUAUUUAUUUGGUAAUUAUUUUUUCACAAUAUUCACUUGCUAUUUUUGACAUAUUGUGUAUUAUAUUUAGUGUGUUUACAUGCACUGGACACUUUUGAUGCACUUGUUUGCACUUUAUAUUUUUAAAGGUAUAGUGCACCUUUUUUUGUAUUUUGAUUGGUUAGGGUGUUUUUGAGCUUGUACACUUUCAGGUGCUGCUUUAUUUAUCAAGUUGUUUUCAUUGUUCACAAAUUUUACACUUUUAGCGCCUCUUUUGCUUGUUUUUCUUUUUAAUAGUCUCUUAUUUAUAUAGCGCCAACAAAUUCUGCAGCGCUUUACAGUGGGUGGAUGAACAAACAUGUAGUUGUAACCAGACAAGAUUUAGAUUGACACCAUUAAAAAAAAAAAGUAUAAUUAAAUGCAAGCUUUUCAUAUCUACUAAAUAGUGAUUUUUAAAAUGUAUUUUGUAUUUGGGCAGUGGAGUGAGCAUUGAAGGUAUGGAACCCCGGGAAAAAAAAUCGUUAUGAUAAUUCUGAUAAGAACAAUAUGCAUUGUGCCAAUAAAAGGCUGUUUUUUAAAAAAAAUUGAUAUUAAUUGAAUACUAGAUUCAUAUGAAAAAUGUAUCACAUAAAGAAUGGUAGCGAUGGAAUUGGAUACCUGGAUGACUUACAAUUAACAUAGCUCCCACUGCUUUAAGUAUAAGAAACAAAGCUCCAUCUGCUACUUGUGAAUUACACAUAGCUCCCACUGCUCCCCUCUAUUUAGUUUGAGCUCCAGACAUGGGCGUCUGCAGGAAUUUUUCCAGGGGGGGGGGGCAUAAUUGUAAUGACAUCCAUGCUUGGUACCUUUUUGACAGUGUCAUGAAAGGGAAGGGGCAUAGCCAUUAUCACAUAAAGCCAGGGUGAAUAGCGUUUUCACAACUAUGGUUUCAGGAAUAUAUGUUUGUAUUCCUGACACUAUAGUGUUCCUUUAAGCAAAUUAAAGGACCAUUCUGGUCACCAUAACAACUUCACCUAAAUGAAAAUACUAUGAUGCCAGGAAGCCCCUGGGUGCUCGCUUUCCUUUAAGGGGUUAAAUCACUCUCAAAUGGUUUAACCCCAAAGGCUUCCUCCAGCUCCAGGUCGCUCAGUGGUAUUUGGCUUCUGAAACAGAGUGUCAGGAAGUGCAGAUUGAUGUCAGGCAUGGGUGCCGCUGAUUGGCUAGAGUGGACAGUUGACACUCUAAGCCAAUCGCUAGUUCCCGGUUCAUAAAAUAUUUUUACUUUUGAAUGGGGAGCUACUGAUUGGCUUAGAGUGCCAGCUGACCGCUCUAGCCAAUCAGCAACACCCCUACCCAACAGCACUCUGUGCUUCCUGACACUCAGUAAAUAAAAGUGAACACAUUAAUGCUGAUAUUUAUUUACCUUUGGAGAUGAGAAGGUCCAGCGUUUCCCUGCCUGGCCCAGGUACCAAAGCCUUAUGAUGUGGUGUCCAGAAUAAAGUGGAGGGUUCACUUCAUUUGUCCUUCCUGCUCCAAUCUCCUUUUCCUCUCCUUCAUUUGUCUUUUUUUAUCUUCUGACUCUGUUUUCUAUCCUUGGCCCCUUCUGCUCUUUUACCUUUCUGCUACUUUCUGCUUAUUUUGCGCCCUUCUGCUCCUUUCUCAUUCUGAUCCCUUUCUGCUCCUUGCAGACCCUUUCUGCUCCCUUUUCUACUUUAUAUUUGUGCUCCUUGCUGUCCCUUUCUGCUCCUUCUCCUACUUUACCUUUGUGCUCCUUCUGAUUCUUUCUGCUCCUUUACCUUUGUGCUCCUUCCUGCUCCUUGCAGGCCCUUCCUGCUCUUUGCAGGCCCUUCCUGCUCUUUGCAGGCCCUUCCUGCUCAUUCUCCUAUUUUACCUUUGUGCUCCUUCUGCCCCUUCCAGCUCAUUUCUGACCCUUUCUGCUCCUUCUACUUUACCUUUGUGCUGCUUUACCUUCCAGCUCCUUGCUGACUGUUCCUUCCUGUUCAUUUCUGUUCCUUUCUGCUCCUUCUCCUACUUUACCUUUUGUGCUCCUUGCUGCCCCUUUCUGCUCCUUGAUGUCCCUUCCUGCUCAUUUCUGUUCCUUCUCCUUUUCUUACUUUACCUUCCUGCUCCUUGCUGACUCUUCAUGUAGGCUGUCUCCCCCAUCCCUCACUUCCAAAGGCGUGUGCACGGGGUAUGUCGGGUGUGCAUGGGCACACCCUAAUCCCCGCGGCACGCCAAUGGAUUGAGACCGGCAGGGGAGAUCUCUGGAUCUCCCUAGUCGGCUCAUGCAGAGCCGACGCUAUCCGAGCGGCGGCUCUGGUCUAAGCCUCCAUGGGCCGGUGGGGAGAUCAAAGUUCUACCUCACCGGUCCACAGCAGCAUGGAGGGAGGCAGCAGAGAACCCGGGUUAGAGUUCACUCUCCACUGAACCACCAGGAAAGGCAGCAGGACUGGGAUAUUAACUAAUCUGCCCCCACCUCCACCCAAACAUACAGCACACACACACACACAGCACCUGCACACACACACACACAGCACACACAGCACACAAACAGCACCCACACACAUACAUCACCCUCGCACACACAGCACCCACACACACCCAGUACACUAACAGCAUCCUCACAAACCCACAAAACCCACACACAAACAGCACACUCAGACACAUACAGCACACUAACAGGACCCGAACAAACACGCACACACAAACACCCUCUCUCACACACACACACACACACACACAGCACACAAACAGCACCCUCACACAGAGCACACUAACAGCACUCUCACAAACACACACAAAAACACCCUCACCCACAUAGCACACUACCAGCACCCUCACACAGCAGUGUGUAUAUAUAUAUAUAUAUAUAUAUAUAUAUACACACACACACAUACAUAUACAUAUACACAUGGCGUGUUUGUGCUUUAGGGUGCACACCCUAAUGCAAUAGGCUGCGCACGCCUAUGCUCACUCCCCUAAUCUCUAGGCUGCUGCCCCCCCAGCCUCACUCCCCUAAGCUCUAGGCUGCUGCCCCCCCCCCAUCACUCACUCUCCUAAUCUAUAGGCUGCUGCCCCCAAAUCUAGGCUGCUGCCCCCAAAAUUUAUAGGCUAUCUCAAACCCUCCCCCAUCCCUCACUCUAAUUUACAGGCUGCUGCCCAAAUUAUAGGCUGCUGCCCCCCCAAAUCUAUAGGCUGCUGCCCCCAAAUCUAUAGGCUGCUGCCCCCCCAAAUCUAUAGGCUAUCUCAAACCCUCCCCCAUCCCUCACUUACCUGAUCUGUAGGCUGUCUCUGGCUGCAUGUGUUGUUCCCCUGCGGUUUCAAUCAGCAGAGAGAUGCAGGGAUAAGAUGCAGCUUCCUAUCCCUGUCUCUCUCCAUACUGGUCGGCGCCGGUAUUGCAGUUCAUUUUCAAUCACACGAAAAAUAGCAGAACAAGCUGAAAAAUCCCCCCUGCGGACGCCCAUGGCUCCAGACACAUGAUGUAGUUAGUCACAUAGGAAUCCCUGGACUGCUCUCUUGACAUCCUCUUUAAAGGGAACCUGUCACUCCCUAAACUACUCAUACUCUUUGUAAGAGCGUUACAUUUUAGCUAUAUAUAUUGCGCUAGUAGUUUUGCUAGCAAAUGUAUAGAUUGAGAUAAAAACCUAUUUUAAAAUAGUUUUUUUUUCCUUACCUGCCAAUAAGUUCUGUGGCGUAGACUCUAUGUUGAAUCAUUAAUUGGCAGUUAGAGCAGAAGGGUCCUUCCACAGGUGGUCACUCUGCUCUUCACCCAUAGAAACCACAGCACAUGUGCUGUGCUUGCUACGGUAACUCCUUAGCUAUUAUUACCUAGUGCUCUUUGGGGAGUACAGGAACAGAAUGACUGACAUUGCUCCAUUCAGACAUCAGCAUGCUGGCAUCUAAGCCAGCAUGUCGGCAUCAAGGAGAAGGUUGAAGCUUCCCCAAGCAGGGCAAAUCAGUGAAGACUGUGGGAUCAGUACAAGCAGACCAGAGGUGGAUGUUACAGGAAUGUAAUACCUACCUCUGUAAGGAUUAUGGCAGGGGAGCGGAGGGUCAGUUAAGUGCCUGACAGGUUCCGUUUCAAUAAAUAUUUUAUCAUAUGAGACACAAUAUUGAUGGCAGAUACAUAGUAUGACCACCAUAUAUUACCAGGUUCCACAUUAAUUGUGUGAGGUGUGGUAGUUUGAUCUCUUCAGUUGAACGAUAUAAUGUAUUGGUAUGUAGCUUUUCAUAAACUGGAACUGUAAUAAUUUAUGACAUAAACAGAGGUAAUACUUUUAUUUCCUUUAAAAUAUUUUAACUAGGAUAAAUUUACUAAAUAAAAUUCACCUGAAUGUCUUCUGUAUUCAUAUGAAUAAUCUUAGAAUGAAGGUUUCGUAUCGGGGUCACUUUCUUCAUGACAUUUACCCAAAUUCCUACAUUGAUUCACCUGAAUAUCGAUCAACAGAGCUUCACCGUGGAGAAAAUUUUCAGGUAAUGCUGGAUACUCUUGCACAAUGUACAAGGAUUGAUUUUUUUUAAUGAAAACUUUGGCCUUUGUGAAGACCCAUGCAGACACUAACUAACCCAUGCAGACAGAGACACACACUCACCCAUGCAGACACACACUCUCACUGACCCAUGCAGAUGCUGACCCAUUCAGACACAGACACACACUCGCACUGACCCAUGCAGACACACACACAAUGACUUUGGUGGGCACAGGUGAUUGGCCCCUGGGCUGGAACGGCAGGCUGCUGCAUGCCUGGCAGGUCCCUUGCUGGGCUGGCUGUUGGCUGGCCAUGGCCCCAAGCUUGACUGAAGGGUGAAAAGGGCAGGGCAAAGUAGAGAAGUGUAGGGGAGGGUAGUUGCUAUUGGCUGAAGGCCUUCUGUGCUGGAAGUCCUCUUUUGACCCCCUCGGCCCCCCCUGCAUGCACGGAGGAUGUCGUGUGGGGGUUAUGACAGUGAUGAAUAGCCCCACCCUCUCUCCUCUGAUUGGAGCAGCAGCUCAACGGCCCACCAAGAAUGAGAACAAUCAGGUCGGUAUUCUCCUUCUCCCAGAGGCCUUAUGAGAAAUCUGGCACAGGGUUUGAAUAUGCCAUUUUAUAAUCAAACGCAAUUGUAUUUUUUUAAAAACUUUUUUAUAUUGAAGACACAAAUCCAAGAAAAUAGACAGCAUAUUUUAGACAGAGCCAACUGCUGAUGAGUUAAAGGGAUUCUCCAAGCAGUCUGUUGGCCUUCUUAAAGUUCUAUGCACUGGGAGCAGCUCCUGCAACUGGAUGGCAUGGAUUUGAAUGCAGCAAACAGUCUGUGUAUGCUCACUCUGUGGGAUGGUAAUGGUGUUUCAGUACCACAAUUUACCAAGAAAAUAAAGUAAAUGCAAGGGAAUUAUAAAUGUGCAGAGAUUUAUCACCGUAACCACUACAAUAUGCGUUUAAUAAGCUGUAGAGGUUAAAAUGCAUGGGGUAUCCCUUUAAAAUAAUGUAUUGCAAGCAUAUCCACAUGUAUCUGUUCCUAUUUACGUACUUCAUUUCAAACUAGAUCCGCAUGAAUAGAUCAUAUUGACUAAGUCUUGCAACUAGAAGUCAAUUAGAAAAACAUACCCAUAUUUUCAUAUACUGCUAGUGUUAAAGAUAGGAUGUAAUUUGAACCAAAUGAAGAAGAUGAAAAAAACAAAAACCUUUCAAUAUAUUCUGUCAGAAAAGAAACAAGGUCUCAUUUAAUUUGGAAGGGUGAUAUAGAGGAAGCAUAGUGCGAGGCAUCUGGCAGCAGUGAAACAGGGCUUGAGUUUGUAAGGAUUCCAGUUCCAGAACUCCCUUCUGACUGCGUCCCACCCACUGCCCGCUAACUAGGUAUUCUCUCAAAUAAUAAUUUAGCACACUGACUUUAUUGGCACCAUUAAAUGACCAUCUUCACUAUAUGAAAUGAACCCUAACUCCAUACCUAUCAUAGUUUCUAACAGCCCUGUUAUACAACACUGUGUAAAUCUGUUGUAGUUUGUAAGGAACCCUCUUUUUUUUUAUUUCUGGCCUUGGCUAGUGUUAUUGACGUUACGUUUCUCUGUGUUUACAUACUGAAAUACUCUGUGUUGAUGCUUGCAAUGUGUAUGCACUACUUGUGGUUACAGUUCGUUAACUUGGGCUAAUUACAUGGUGUGGCACUAGAUUCUAAACUCUAAACCUGAGAGGAAAAAAAAUAAAAAAAAUAAUGAUGCAACAAAUAUGCCUUGAUAUAAUUGUGUGUUUCAAUGUUUAUGGACUGUUCAGCUUCCUGGUAUUUGAUGUGUGAUAUCAGGACAUACAUGACAUAAGCAUGUUCAUGGGAUUGUGGGACAUGGUUUCCCAAUGCAACCACCAACGUACUUACAUAUUUGUUGUCCAGACCCAUAUACCCCUUCCAGCAUUGCUGCCAGUAUACUCCUGAGUACUGCUCCACCUAAUGGUCAAAUGUGUUAGUGACGGAAUGUUGUCUAAGAUGUCAUGAGAUGAGGAUCUAUGUUGAGGGUAAAACAGGAACUCAGCAGUCUGAGGGUUUAUUGGUACUUAUAUGCAACUUUUCCCACAAGGUUACCACCCAUGUGGUCUUGGGAACAACCAAUCAAAACAUUACAAUACAGUUUAACACUCCUAUUCAUUCCAGCAAAAUUCUCCUCUCGCCUGUGAUAGAAUUACUGUACACAAUGGGCUAAUGUAAUUAUCACAGGCAGGAAAAUACAGUUGUUAUACAAUUCUUAUAACUUUAAAAGUAUACAUGCAAUAUUAAUAAAAGUUACAUAUUCUAAAUCAGCAUACUCUAAAUGCAAACAUACUCAAAAAAUCUGACAAUUCAGUGGUUUAAAAGUUAGGUGGAAGUCCUUUUUGACCGACUGCAAGCAUGGCUUUCCUGCCCAAAACUGUUCCACGGAUUCAGGCUGUGCAGCCGGUCGAUCUUCUCCUCCAGUCGAUCUAUCCUGGAGAUAAUUGGCUUAAGUAACUGUAGUAAACUCAAUUAUCUCCAGGCACAGAAAAUAUCACUAAGUCACAACUGCAACAAAACACAUUAAAAUACAUAACUAAUAUUCUAAAGAACUGAACCUCCACAUUUGACCUAUCCCCAGAUAGCUUGGAUCUGAGCGCUCACUAUAGCCUGGUUCAAUUUCAUUUAAUAUACUUCUUCAGCCUUUUCAGACUGCAGACUAAUUAUUGCUCUGUAAAACAAUAAGAUGAAGUGAAAACAAAAACAUAGCACAUGUGUAUAUAUAUAUAACAAAAAUUUUAAAAAAAGUAAAUAGCCAACCCAAAGUUGACUUUUUUAUAACAUAAAAGUAUAUAAGCCCAAAUGCGGUUUUUGUUUUAAAUAUUUUUAUUGUAUUCAUAACAUGGAUGCAUGUAUCAAACUGUUUUGUCAAAUAACGAAGCAAGUGAUUGCCCGCGCAGGGGCUUAAGCAUCAAUUUAUAACGGUGGAAACAUUCGGUUGCCUGCGCAGAGGGCCGUUUAGCGUGACAUUGUUGUUCACCUUUCUUUGCUAUGUGCCAUAUAUUCUUAUCCGUGGCAUCUAGUUGUUAGAUUCCUAGCAUAGUACAUUGCAAACGUAGUGUUAAAGUGGCGGGUCCGUGCCUGCGUGGAGGCCCGGUUAUAUUUGCAUGAACAGGUUCACAGGUUGUGGCCUUCGCAGAGGCUUUGUGUACCCACCAGAUGUUGUAUAGCGUUUAAUACAGUAACAUUUUUAGGCAUUUACCCUCUAGGCGUCUGUAUGUCGUUUUAGAGUAAGCAUAUAGAGUAGGGGGAACAGACUAUGUGUCAGCUCUAAUAACAGUGCGGUGUACAGGCAACCUCACUAACUUAUUACAUCCUAAACAUUGUGGUUGUAGUCAACAUUUUGUAUCUAGCUGGCGUCUUGUUGCCUUUGCGAGACCCGGUUGAGUGUUGCGUAACUGCAUUUAAAUAGUCGCUGUAUCGGUGUAUAUCUUGGGGAGAAGCGUAGUGGUUAGGUAUUGUCCGUGAGCGACACGGUAGUGCUUGAACAGGUCUGUAACGACCCUUAGGGUGUUUCUCUGUAUGUGUUUGCCUAUACCUAUAUUAGUGUAGGAUGUAGUCCCUCACUAUGUUGCAUGGAGCAAUGUAUCUUUUUGGGGUGGUCAGUUACUGUAGCCGCUGUAGUUAGUGUCGGCCCUUUGGCGUUGUUCACGUGAGUUGGGUCAUUCGUUGCGUCUCCUCCGUUGUGUGCAUGUCGCAUGUGUGAUGUGUGUUGCUUGGGUUACGUUCAGUGUUGUGUCGGCUAUGUCUUCCCCUCCUCUCCGGCUUAAAUGUCCAUCGACUUGUGUCUAUGUCGCGAGGUUAACAACUCUGUCAUGUCCUAACGUCAGAGUAUGAGUUCUCUGCUGUCGUAUUUGACGUCUCGUAUAUGUCCUGCAGUGGUGUCCGAUGAUGUGGAGCGGUCUGUUGGCGUGGUCUGCGUGUAUGUGAUUCGUGGUCUCUCGUGUCUGUGUCGUGCAUGUAUGAUCGUGUGUUACUUCGAGUGGUGUGUCUGACACCUUUGGCCCUCUGUCUUCGUGACUCCAUUGUCUGGUCUGUCAUCUGAUUUUGUAGUCAUUCUAUGUCUUGUUCGUCCAGAGGUAGGGUGCGGCAAGGUGGUGGGUCUAGUGUGCGGCGUGUUAUCUGUCAUCUGUUCAUGCGAGGGCUGUAUACCUAGCCAUCCCUCGAGCGGUUGCGGCCUGGCCGGUGGUUAUGUGUGUGGCACGUGUAUGCCGUCAUGUCUGCGAGCGUCGUGGCUGUCUUAGUCAGCAGUGGCAGUCGCUGUGGCGUCUGUGUGUGGGAUCGGGUCGGGUGGGCCAUGUGUCCUGUGUCCCGCCCCCUGUCCCCCGCCCGGCCCGUUGUGCCCCGUCGUCAUCUUUUCGCCUCCUGUGUCUCCCUGGGUCCCUUCCUCCUGCCACUAGUUACGGUGUGGUUAAAUGGUGCCGGAAGGAAUCUGACGAGAUCAGUCUCAUCCAGUGGAACCAGCGUUUGGUAUAUCGGUCCCUGAGGUUCGGGGUUUCUGCUUUCAAGUCCUCGAAUGAUCUCGUGGCUUCCACCUCCUCUAUCCACCUCUUUAUGGGAGGUGUGCUGGUCUGUUUCCAGAAGAUGGGGAUGGUCACCUUAGCUGCAUUCAGAAGUCGAGGGAUAGCCGAUCUCUUGUAUGUUUGUGUCGCCAUGGUGGUGUGGUGUAGGAGGAAGGCGGCUGGGGACUGUGGCAGGAGCUCCUCCGUGACCUCAUGUAUGAUUGUCCUAAUUCUGUCCCAGAACGGUCUGAUGCGAGUGCACGUCCACCAUAUAUGUAUAAACGUACCAGCUUCCUCCCCGCAUCUCCAGCAUGUGUCUUCGAGUUCCUGGUUUCUGGCGUGUAGCGCCGUCGGCGUCAGAUACCAUCUAGUAAAGAUCUUGUACGAGUUUUCUUGGGAGCGUGCCGAGCUCGGUGUCUUUUGUAUUAGGAUAAUGCUCUUGUCCCAGUCCGCGUCUGUCAUAGGUUCCUCAAGGUCCUCCUCCCAUUUUCUGAUGCACGGGGGUGCUAGUAGAUAUCUGCUCGUGAUUAAGAUAGUGUAGAUUUGUGAGAUGGCACGAGGAGGUUCCCUGUCCUGCGUGCAUAGAAGUUCAAAUUGCGUUAAGUCUCUCAGUAGGGAAGGUUUUUGCGGGAUGGAUCUAGCAUAUUGAGUAAUUUGCGUUCUUGCUAGGGCGUGGGCAAAUGUGUGCGGCCUGUCUGGGUAUAGUUCUUCCAGUGGCCGGAUAUCAAAUGGUUGGUGGAGAACGUCUUUUAUGCGGGGUAUCGUAUUGCGUCUUGCUGGGCCCAGCGUUGGGCCGUAGUCUCCAGCCGGAAAAUCUGGGUUACCCUUCAGGGGUAGGAGCGGGCCUGGGUCCGUGUUGAGGUAUCGUUUCGUGCCUUGCCCAUGCCACACUUGCAUGGUCGCCGCCACGAAUGGGUUGGUGAUGCGUUUGCUCCUAUAUGCUGCCUUGGUGAUCCACGGUAGGGUUCUGAGGUCGCAGUUGGUUAUGCCAGCUUCUAGUUGUGGCCACUGCUUGGUGCCGCUGGCUAUCGACCAGCUGAUGACCCUGGUGAUGUGUGCUGCGUGGUAGUACUUUUCGAAGUCUGGGAGUGCUAAGCCCCCCCGGAGCUUGGGUAAGAUCAGUUGGGUGUGCGCUAUGCGUGGGGAUUUGCCCUUCCAAAUAAAGGUGCGGACCUCCGUCUUAAGUGUCGAGAAGAAUGUUCGUGGGACUUUUAUCGGCACCGUUUGAAAUAUGAAGAGUAGUUUCGGCAGUAGCGUCAUCUUCACCGCGUUCACUCUGCCCAGCCAGGAGAUGUAGUAGGAGCCCCAUCGUUGUAGUUCCUCCGUUGCCUUUCUCAAUAUCGGGAGGUAGUUGUGGGUGUAGAGGUCUACCGGAUUGGGCGUAAGCCAUAUUCCCAGAUAUUUCAUGCGUUGGUCACGCCAGCGGUAGGAGUGUUGUUCCUGAAUCACGCGUUUGAUGGUUUGGCUGGUAGUUAUGUUUAGUAUCUCCGAUUUUGUGUAGUUAAUUCGGAGGUUCGAGAUGUUGCCAUACACGUCGAAUUCCGUCUGGAUCGCUCGAAGGGACGUCUCCGGGUCCGUAACCACGAACAACAUGUCAUCCGCGUACGCCAGCGUUUUGUGGUGCACGUUUCUGACUGUCAGUCCCCGGAUGUCUGCGUUGUGUCUGAUCUUGUUGAGGAAGGGCUCCAGUGUCAGUGCAAAGAGUAUGGGCGAGAGCGGGCAUCCCUGCCUGGUGCCGUUGUAGAUCUGAAACGGGUCUGUCAGUGCGCCAUUUAUCCGGAUGCGCGCCGUUGGGUUGGUGUAGAGUGUCUGCACCCAUGUCAUAUAAUUGGGCCCGAUGCCGAGGGAGCGGAGAGUUUCGAACAUCAGGUCCCAGUCCACCCUAUCGAACGCUUUUUCAGCAUCAGUAGACAGGAGUAGGGCUGGGAUCUUCUGCGCUUUCGCGUGUGCUAUGAGGUUCAGGGCUCUGAUAGUGUUGUCCCGUACCUCCCUGCCAGGUAUGAAACCUGUUUGGUCCGGGUGGAUUACGGCCGGUAGUAACAGUGCCAGGCGUGCCGCCAGUACACUCGCCAGUAAUUUGAGGUCCGUAUUCAGUACAGAGAUCGGGCGAUAGCUUGGGCAUAGUGUCCGGUCCUUAUCUUCCUUCGGAAGGAGGGUAAUGUUCGCCGAGGUGAAUUGGGCCGUUGGUGUGGCCCCGUCCUGGGCCGAGUUCAGUGCCGCCAAGAGUUUCGGUAUUAGGUCCCCUGCAAAGGUUUUAUAAUAUUGGAGGGGUAGGCCAUCUGGUCCUGGUGCUCUGCCCGUUUUUGCUUUUUUGAUGGCUUGCGCUAGCUCCUCUGGGGUUAUGGGGGCUUCUAGUGCUUCCUGGUCUACUUCCCCUAUUCCCGGUAUAUCAGCUGCAUCCAGGUAUCUGCGAAUGUCCUCUAGUUUUUGGGUUCUUGGCAUCUCCGGAGCGGUGUGUCGGAGGCCGUAUAAGUUUUGGUAGUACGCAUGGAAUGCUGCCGAAAUCUGUUCCGGUAAGUGUCUGAGUUGUUGUUGUGCGUCCUUGAUUUUCGGGAUAUAUAGAUGGUUCCUGCGUUGCUUCAGGAGAUUCGCUAACAGUCUCCCGCAUUUGUCCCCGUGUUCAUGGAUCACAUGUUUAUAAUGUUGGUAUGAGCGUUGGAUUGCGCGGUUCAGGUGUGUGGUAAGUUGGUUCCGUUUGGACAGUAGGUCCUCGUAUAACCGUUUUGUGCGCUUCCCAGCACGUCAGUGGGGUAACAUCCCCCGUUUCGUUGUCUUCAAAGUACACCUGGAUGCGUUGAUGGAUCUGGUCUACAACCGCGAUGUCUGAUAGGAGUGAUUCGUUCAGUCGCCAUGACAUUUGUCUGGGUUUAUGUAGUGGUGAUUUCAGUCGUAUGCGGAUUGGGCUGUGGUCCGACCAUGUCAUAGGUAAGAUUUCCGCGGUGGUGAGCAGGGUUAGGGUGUGGUGGGGUACCAGGAAGUAGUCCAGUCUUGUAUAGGUCGAGUGGGUCGUAGAGUAGAACGUAUAGUCCCGGGUGGAGGGGUGUAAUGCCCGCCAGCAGUCUGCGAGCUGGUGGAGGUGUAGGAGGCGGAGGGUGUUGGCAUGCCUGUUGUGUGGUGUGUUCCCAUGCGGGGAUGUUGAGUCCUGGUCUGGAUGGAUCGCUAGAUUGAGAUCUCCGCCUAUGACCAAGGUGCCCUCUGCGAAUUUCAUCAGAGUGUUCAAUGUAUCGCGUAGGAAGUGAUAUUGUUUAGUGUUCGGAGCGUACACAUUAGCGAACGUAUACGUUUGGUCUAGGAUUGUGCCUUUUGUGAAAAGGUAUCUGCCGUGCUUGCAUCUUACGGAGGCUCGCUCCAUGUACGGGACUCGUCGUGAAAAGAGGAUGCAUACUCCCUGCGAGCGUCAAAUGCGGUUUUUGUAUUCAAGCCCAUUUUAGCAUAUGCCUUAUUGACACAGUCCUGUUUUAUAAACCUUCCACACUAGUUACAAUGGAUAUUUUUUAUAUUGUUCCAGCUGACAUGAAAGUAAAUCAGCUAUGAAAUGUAAUAAUCAAAAAAAGAAUCACAUGCAUUGCAUAAAAAUUAAUCUUAUUUGCUUCCUGCAUAAAUGAGGCUCUUGCUGUAUAAGCUAUGACAGCAACAAAUAAUUGCACACUAUCUUCUAAAUGAAUUUAAUACAGUUACUUACAGCAGCUCAGAACAUAAUGAUUUUAUUAAUGAAGAAAUCAGAUAAAUGCUGGGAGGCAGACGGUGUAGAGGAACUUUCUUAACAAAUGUACCCAAUAAAUACACUAAUAUUUUGAGUGGAAGCAAUGAUCCAGAAAACAUAUUUCAACAAUUGAUAAGUCGUCAUUAAAUAGAAUUUCAACAAUUCCCAUUAACUAUAUGUCAGGUGCUGAAAAGGUAAAUAAUUUAAAGUUUAGUUUUAAGUAAAUGCUUAAAGGGACGCUUCUGAAAUCAAAGUUUCAGCUGGCCCUCUGAUUAUGGUAAAAAAAAAACAUUCAUUUGGAGAGAUAUGGCAUUAUGGCAACUAAAAAGAAUAAUAGUAAUAAGUAUCUCCACCACCUUAAUUUCCCCUUUCAAACAGCAAGGGAAAGAUAUGGUGCUUCCAUAAUAUCCAUAAUAUUUACAGUAAAUAUACAAAUGUUUGCCGAGGUAUGUUGUAACCUAUGUCAUCUGGUAAGGAUUAAUAAUCCUAUUGCCAUUGUUUGAUAAAGCAGGUCUAUAAUACUUUCGAAAAAUAUAUGGAACAUGAAAUGGGAAGUAGAAGUACUAUAACUACUCCAUGCUUAGUUAUUAUGGUGGUAGUAGGCUGCAAGCAGGCACCCACGGCUUGCAAGUCCUAUAACCUCUACAACAGUAUGUAAUGAUUAUGGUGCUUAGACUGCCCCAUUCAUAUCUCAUUGGUAAUUGAUAAAUUCUUAGAAACAUUCAGGGCCAGAUAAAGCCUAGUGGGACUGGUGCUGACAAUUAUGAGGGUCUUAUCGACCAAAACCACUAAAACAGUCAUACAUAUCAAGCGUUAUAUAUCUGGUGGAGAUGUUGCCGGAGGGAAACUCAUAGCAUGCAGCUAUAAGAAAACUCAGUUUCCCUUAACUAAUUUAAUUUCAGUUAGUCCACACAAGUUUUGUUUCCAUAUAUCCCUCUUAAGUUUCCAUACUUAAGCAAGAGUAUGUGAAGAGUAGUUAGGGUUGCCACCUUUCUUGGGAAAAAAAAUACAGGCCUUACGAAUUUGUAUAACUAAUUAUGUAUGCGUUACAUCACAUGAUGUAAAUCACAAGGACUGACAUAAGUGAAAAUUCUGUAAACUCACCCAAAACAUGCUUACAGUUUGAUUCUGCUGUAUAGAUGGAUUGCUCCCAGUGUCUUCCUGUCUCCCAAUGUCCCCAUGUCGGUGUCCCCUAGUGUCUGUGUCCUCUAGUGUCCGUGUCCCCUAAUGUCUGUGUCCCCAUGCCACAUGGGGAGACUGAGACACUUGGGGACACUGGGAGACUUGGGGACACUGAGACUAUGUAUUACAGUGUUCCUAUGUAUGAGUGUCUCAGUGCCCCAUGUCUCCCAGUGUCCCCAUGUCUCUGUGACCACAUGUUGCCCAGUGUCCCCUAGUGUCUGUGUUUCCAUGUCUCCCAGUGUCCCCAUGUCACUAGAGGACACAAUGGGAACACUGGGAGACAUGGGGACACAGACACUUGGAGACAUGGGGACACUGAGACACUAGGGACACUGGGAGACAUGGGCACAUAGACACUAGGGACACUGGGAGACAUGGACAAACUGAGACAGUAGGGACACAGACACUAGGAGACAUGGGGACACUGGCUAGGAGACAUGGGCACACUGAGACACUUUGAAACAUUGUGUCCCUAGUGUCCCCAUGUCACCCAGUGUUCCCAAGUGUCUCAAUGUCCCCAAGUGUCUCAAUGUCCCCAUAUGUGUCUGUUUCCCCAUGUCUCAGUGUCCCAAAGUGUCCCCUAUGUGUCAGUGUCCAGAAGUGUCUGUGUCCCCAUGUCUCCCAGCGUCCCCUAGUGUCUCAGUGUCCCCAUGUCUGAGUGUCCCCAUGUCUCAGUGUCACCUAGUGUCUCAUUGUCCCCUAGUAUCUCAAUGUCUCCAAGUGUCUUAGCGUCCCCCAAGGGCUCCCUGUGUCCCCAUGUCUCAUAGUGUCUCAGCGAUUUCUAAACACAUUUAUUGCAAUUUAAAGACACAUUGCGGGGAGUACUAUUACGGUGGAGCUCUGUUACACACACACACACCAGCAAUAUGGAGAUCCUAGAAAGAGUGACAUUAGGAUGGAAAUGUUGGACAGAGGGACUUAGGCCCAAAGUACGGACUGUUGAACUGUCCCUCCUACAUAAGGACAUUUGGCAGGUAUGUCCAUAAACACUCGCAUGAUAAGCAUCUUCUAAUGGCCAUGAUUCCCUUUGACAUUCUGAGGAGGAAAGUAGCCAGAAAUCCGCAUACAUAGUUGCUGAAAACAAUACUGCAUCGGCUGUUGCAGCUGGCAACCAUGCUGCUAGAACAGUGCUAUACAAGCACCAGCACUUCAUUGAAGGUAGAGGAAGUGUGAUGAAAUACCAUGGGUCUGCCAUUCCAGGGUCAGUCUCUUGACCAACCACAGUCACUGUAAACUUGACAUUAUCCAACUUAGGCCUCAAUUUAAUAUUGUUGAAUAAGCUUUCCAAGUGAUUUGUUUACAAAAACACCCACAGACUUUAAUGGGGAGUUCUGUGUAAAUCAUCAGUUGCAAAAUUCGGAUUAAAUAAUUCCGUUGGAAAGUUCUUCUAACAGUAUUGAUCAGUUAGAAAGCUUAUUAAAUCGAGGCCUUAGGUGUUGAUUUAAAAUCGAUCGAUAAACUUUCCAAAUGAUUUAAUAUUUGUGGAUAAACUUUUAAAAUAUCAAAAAAUAUAUCAUAUACAUAAAAAGUAUAACACUAUAUAAAACUAUUUCGAAACAUUACAAAUGUUUAAUAUUUUUCAUAAUAUCAAAUCAUUUUAAAAGUUUAUCCAAAAAUAAUAAAUCGAGUCCUUAGCAUGGAACCAACUAUACGUUAUCACUUUCCAUCUUCUUCAUGAUGAUAAUGUAUUGAUUAAAGUCAUGGGUCAUGUACAAAUUCUCUCUUUAAAAAAAUCAUGGUUUCUUUGCAGCUGAAAAUAAGAAAGUUUAAGAAUUUGUUUUAAAAUAUGGCUUCUGACAUGGGUAAACCUUACUUUAAAUAAUGUAGUUUAUGUUUAUUUCCUAGGUCACGAUUACUGCAGACGAUACCUGUGUGUUUUUAUGCUGGUCUCGGGAAAGGUUAACAUACUUUUUGGAGUCAGAGCCAUUUCUUUAUGAAAUAUUUAAAUAUUUGAUUGGGAAAGAUAUUACAAACAAAUUGUAUUCAUUGAAUGAUCCUACAUUAAGUGACAAGGUAAGACAUUUAGAACUUUUUAUGUAAUAUUAUUUUGAUUCAUGUACUAAAAUAUAUAUUGCAUAAUAACUUUAUUUCAUUAGUAUAUGUUUUAACCCCUUAAGGACCAAACUUCUGGAUUAAAAGGGAAUCAUGACAUGUCACACGUCAUGUGUCUUAAGGGGUUAAAGGCAAGCAAUGCAAGAUUCUGCAGAACCAGCAGGUGCAAUUAAUCCACACACCAAAAAAAAGCCCAUCUCAAUCAGCAGUUUCGGUAAUGAAAACACCAUAUCAGCAGCAGAUAAGGAUAUAUAAGUAAAAAGUCAACUUUAGACUCCUUAAUGAUACAAAAGUGUUAAAAUCGCUUAAUAUCCCAUAAAUCAAAAAUGUAUUAAAGUUCCUAUAACAGAUCCUGAAAACAUAAUUUUUUUUUUUUUUAUUAUCCAUAAUUUAUUUGAUUUAUUGUUUCUAUUUCGUGAUUCAUUGUAUUUUUAAACUUAUGAUUGAAAUACUAUUACAUGGCGACAUUAUAAAUAGAAUGCUGAGCCACAAAGCACACACAGUAUAAGAAUGUUGGGCCCACUGCGUUGUGAUGCUUGCAAUAAACUCAUUCAUGGACAAUUAAAUAUAGUCAACAAAGCAACUUUAGUUUAACCCCUUCAGGACAGAGUCAAUAGUACACGUUCUGAUCAAAACAAAACGUAAACAAAAACUGGAAUUUGCGCUAUAUGUCUGUUCAACCGUAAUUCACCUCUUUCGUAUUAAAUGCACCGACACAUAUUAUAUAUCAUUUUAUUCAGGGGAAACAGGGCUUUCAUUUCAUAUCAAAUAUUUAUAUAUGAAACAUAAUUUAUUAUGAAUAAAAUUAAAAAAACUGUGAGAAAUUUAAAUUUUUUUAAAAAAAAAAAAAUUGUAGUUCAGCCUCACAUUUUAUCUGUAAAUGUCAUAAUGCUGUUAGGUCUUACUGCACAAAAAUGCACAUAUUUGUAAUCAGCAAUGUCUUACGAGUACAACAGUAACCCCCAUUAACAGGUUUUAUGGUGUUUUGGAAAGUUACAGGGUCAAAUAUAGAACGUUCCAUUUUCACAUUGAAAUUUGCCAGAUUAGUAAUGUUACCUUUGAGACGGUGUGGUAGCCCAGGAAUGAGAAUUACCCCCAUAAUGGCAUACCAUUUGAAAAAGUAGACAACCCAAGGUAUUGAAAGUGGGGUAUGUUUAGUCUUUUUAGUAGCCACUUAGUCACAAACACUGGCCAAAGUUAGCGUUCAUAUUUGUUUUUGUGUGAAAAAAGCAAAAACUAAUAUUUGGCCAGUGUUUGUGACUAAGUGGCUACUAAGAAAGACUGGACAUACCCCACUUGCAAUACCUUGGGUUGUCUACUUUUGCAAAUGGUAUGCCAUCAUGGGGGUAAUUCUCAUUCCUGGGUUACCAUACGCUCUCAAAGGCAACAUAACCAAUCUGGCAAAUUUCAAUGUAAAAAAAAUGAAAUGCAAUCCUUAUAUGUGACUCUCUAACUUCCCAAAACACCAUAAAACCUGACAUUGGGGGUACUGUUAUUCUCGGGAGACUUCACUAAACACAAAUAUUUGUGUUUUAAAACAGUAAAACAUAUUACAACAAUAAUAGUCCAUAAAAGUGCAGUUCGUUUGUAAAAAAUGCAAAAAACUUCACUUUUACUUAAAAUAUCAUCGUUGUAAUACAAUUUACCAGUUUGAAACACUAAUAUUUGAGUUCAGCGAAGUCUCCUGAGUAAAACAGUACCCCCUAUGUACAGGUUUUAUGGUGUCUUGGAGAGUUACAGGGUACACUAUGGUGCUUGCGAAUUAAAUUCUCUGCACUUUCUCCCUGUGUUGUCAGGCAUGUCAAACAAAUUUUUAUUAAUCAAAUCACAUAAUUAUGUUAAAAGAUUACUUAAAUAUACACGUAGUAAUUUAAUAUAUAUGCAUUUAUAGGUAUUUAAAUUCUACGUGUAUACUAAUGUAAUCUUUUAUGUAAUUAUAUGUAUUUAUCUAUAUAUAUAUAUUUGUGGUUAUUUGUAUUUUAAAUAUAGAUAUCUAUAUAUAGAAUGUCAUUCUAAGUGUAUUUUGUUACCAAUAUAUAUAUAUAUAUUAAUAACAAAAUACAGUUAGAAUGAAAUUACAUAUGAAUAUAUAAUUUAUAUUAAAUUUUGUUUCAAUAUUUAAUUUAUUUAUUUUAUUAUUUAAUUUCUUUAUUAUUGUAAUUAUACGUAUAUAUAUAUAUAAUAUAUGUGUAUAUAUCUAUUAUAUAUAUAAUAUAUAUACAUAUUAUAUAUAUGUAAUGUCAUUCUAAGUGUAUUUUAAUAUUAAUAUAUAUACUAAUAUUAGUAUUAAAAUACACUUUGUAUGACGUUACAUAUAUAUAAUAUAAAAAUACUUUAAAUUUAUUUUCUAACCUGCUUAAUUUUUAUUUUUUUUACACUACCUACCAGCAGGGGGACUGUCUGAUAUUUCAGACAGCCCCCCUGCUGGCAGAUCCACAGCCAGCUAUAGGGGGCCAUGUGAUCGCUCUUUGAGAGCGAUCACAUGGCCCCCAGGGGCCUCACUUGCCGGAGGAGGGCUGCCUGGGCUGUCAGGCAGCCCUCCAGAAGAGGAUCGUGGCGGAGGUGAGUACCGCCGAGGUCCUGGGGGCUUAAGCCGUUACGGCGUUCUAUGCCGCCGCAACGGCUUUAAAGCCCUUUAAAGCCGCAACGGCAUAGAACGCCGUAACGGCGUUAAGGGGUUAAUGUAGUUGUUGUGUAUAGAUCAUGCCCCUGCAGUCUCACUUCUCAAUUCUCAAUUCAUUUUGGAGUCAAAUCAUUUUGUUUAUGCACUCCUAGUCACACCUCCCCUUUUGUGACGUAUACAGCCUUCCUAAACAUUUCCUGCAAAGUGAGAUCUAAUGUUUACACUUUCUUUAUUACAAAAUCUGUUUAAUUUAGAAUUUCCUAUUUUCUGUACUGUUAAUACCUUGCUAAAUCUUCCAGGAGCACUCUGCCUGUGAUAAAAGUUCAAUUUACAGAGCAGGAUAUAAAAAUCUCUAAAGGAAGUUAACAUCUAAUUGAAGAUUAAAAAUAAAAAUUACAAUUCUGUCUGUGUGAGUAGCAGACGGUGGAGGUGUGGCUAGGGCUGCAUAAACAGAAACACAGUGAUUUAACUCUUACAUGGCAGCAAAUUCAGCAGUGAAACUUUACAGGCAUGAUAUAUACACUAAACAGCUUCAUUAAGCUAAAGUUGUUUUGAUGACUAUAGUGUCCCUUUAAAGAUCUGUAUGGCAGAUUAUGAAUCCCAUUUUAUAAGGGAGAAAGGCAGGGUUUUAGAUGUAGCUAGGUAAAAUUACAAGUGAUGGAUCCCUGAAUUAUUGUUCAUCAUUUCAUCAUUAUUGGCUAAUGUAUGCCUUAGUUUCAAAGCAGUUGUAUAGCCUUCCCAUCAUUUGACAGCCACACACUUAAUAUUUUUUACUACACUCUUUUCUAUAAGAUAAAGCGGUGUUUAAAAAUCAAUCAGACAUUUAUAAUUUUAUACUUUUAAUGUUAUGUUGUUUUAAAAGUAAGGAGCACCCAUUUGUAGCACUAAUUGCAUAUUAAUUACACCAUUUUGUAUUUAUGUGAAUUUUAUCACAGAUCAUUUAUUAAUAUAAUGUACAUCUCAACACCAUUUAAAAUUGAUAUCCAUGUAUUGGCAGACAGUCGCAGGCUACCCAUUUCCAUCUAUUAAACUAAGAAAGACGAGCCCUGUACAGUGGUUUCUGGCCAUUUCAAUUCCAUAUACCAACUCCAAGGGUUCAAUAAAAAAAAUACAAAAUACAAAAAAAUCUUAUUAGGUUUCUGUGGGUCAGUUGUACAAUGUUUGAGCUAAUCAGUAAUAGUUAACUAUGGGGAGCGGGAGAAACGAUGCUGAUAGCAACUAUAAUGCUUACUAUUUCUUAAAGAAACACUUUUGUGUUAGGAAUACAAAUGUGUAUAUCCCGAAGGUUCUAAUGCCUUAGUCACCGUUUAGAUGGAUGAGCCCCAACUCCUAGGGCUUGAAAGGUGAUUGUUACUUACAUUUUCUCCCUUGCAGCGCUGGUCUCCCUGGAAUUCCACCUCACCUUUUUGUUGAGAUCAUCGAAAUCAAAGAUCUCAGCCAAUCCAAUGCUUUCUCAUUGGAAGUCAUUUGGAGGCUAGUGGAUGUAUGUGGCAAAACGCUGUCCAGUCAGAUGGUCUCUAUGAAACCAUCUGAAAUAUAUAGUGGAGUUUUAUUCCAUUAUAUUGCAAAUGCUCCUAAGAUUCUGACAGCUAGGCCUGCUAUAAAAACAUUGCCUUACUAUAGGACAGCAGUGGUUUUUCUGGUGCAGGGUUAAAAAUGGAUGGGGCGCACAUGACACCCAGAUCACUUUAUUGAGAUGAAGUGGUUUGGGUGCCCAUAGAGUCUCUUUAACUGGUGGUCUAAGUGACUAACUAAAAACACAUGUGAUUGAAAAUACCUAUUUACCAAAUUACACUUUCAGUAAACACUAAAAUGUAAAUAAAUGAGAAGAAAAAUACCUCUGAAUAUUUGGAUCAACAGCAAAAACCGAUGUGAGAAUGGAUAAAUCUGGCAUUAGAUUCUCCUAACUCUCUCAACAUCAUAGGAGAUGUUGAUUGGUGGUCCCAAGCAGUACCUGUACUCUCAUUCACUUGCAUUGGGAAGUUGAAUAUGAGAGAAUAUGAGCAGUUUACAAUGACAUAUGUCGACAUGCUCAACAAUUUCUACUGUUUGGCUGUAGCCAACCUGGUUUUCCAUUCACAGAGUCUUAUAGCACUUGCAGCUUGUGUUUACAAUUGCAGGUGACUGGGGCAUUGUACAUUGUACAUAGGAAAGUGAUGCCUCAAUCCCCUCAUUGUAGGCAUCUUGGGACCUCACACAGUUCUCCCAGCAUAUCUUCCAGUUGUCAAAACACUCUAAAAAUCCUUUGUUAGAAUGGCCAUCAGCUGCCUCUCGUAUUUACAUUUCCACUUAGGGGUGUACUCACUUUUGUUGUCAAUGGUUUAGACAUUAAUGGCUGUGUCUCAAGCUAUUUUGAGGGGACAGUAAAUUGACACUACUGUACAUUGCAGCAGAGUGUCAUUUCUUCUGUGUUGUCACAUGAAAAUAUAUAAUAAAAUAUUGAGAGGUGUACUCACUUUUGUGAGAUACUGUAUAUGUCUGCCACCAGGGUGUUAAAUACAUGUGAUAUUUUCAUAUACAUAUGGUAUGAAACUAUAUAUGUAUUUACUAUUUUGUUAUUCUUUAAAGGUAGCCAAAAAGAUAGAUCGUCAAGCUAGUCUCUGCUCCCAGCUCUCAGUAAUGCAGAUGAGAAACAGCUUAGCAAGCACAAGCGAUGGUGAAGAUGGCCUACAUAACUUUUUACGAGGAACAUCCACUGCUUCUUCUCUACGUAAGUAUGACAGCAAUAAAAUAAUUAGUAUUUAAUAUUUUAAAUUGAAUGUAAACCUGAAUCACACAUUUUGCAAAGACUCGAAGGCUCUUAUUAUGCUGCACUAUUUGUUUAGUAUACUUGCCUUUAUAAAUGUGUGUAACACCUUGCACCUUUUUGUUCAUAUCCCUUUAUCGGGGAUGUUUUUAUGUGUAACUAAUAUGGCAAGCUAACUAAAAAUCUAGCUUCAUUUAGUCCGUAAAUCAAAUAGAAGAAUAUGUGGCUGGGCUGAACACAAAAACGAAAAAAUACAAAGGAACAACAGAUAUAUAGGUUAUAAGAAAACAUUUGUAGUAGUGAGUAGUUUCUGUGUAUUGAACAAUGUACCUACCUGUCUAUUAUCCAUGUAGAUCAAUCAAUCAAUCUGUCAAUUAUUUCUCUGUACAAUGAUUAAUUACUGCAUGUCACCUGUCUGUUUAUCUAUCUAAAGUGUUUUUUAUUUGUUUGUUUGUUUGUUUGUUUGUUUGUUUUGUUUUUGCACAAAAACAGAGCCAUGGCAGUGGUCAAUUUAAAUAAUCGUCGUUCUUGCUUUGCUGUUUCUACACUUUUUUUUUUUCUUUUUGUAAUAUUUUCAGUAGGGCUAAUGUUUGAAGACAAAUAUGCAUUCUAGAACAGCAUUGUGAUACAGAACAUAAUAGGGUUUUUGCUACUACGAAAUGUCAUUUUAAAUUGCAUUACUCAAUGCAUUACUUAAAAUAUAAAAGUCCUGUUCACGUAUAUCAUGGAAACAUCUUUUAAAGUAUACAUAAAUCACAGAGAGAGGAGUUGAAGUUUUACUGCUUCAUAAUUUUUAGGAAUUAAAGUUUUACUGCUCAGUGCAGUCGCAGGUUGGUUUCAAAUACCACAUAUCACUUUCCUAAAAAUAACAUUCUUUAUGAUUUAUUGAGAAGCCAGAGUGUGAUUCACUGUGAUUAAUUAACAUUGCUGGCUCUUAUGUGACUCGAAACUGAACCUUAUUUCAGGGAUUCAAAAAAAUUGAAAUUAAAGUUUAUUUCAAACUGGUGCUUUUAUUAUAAUCAAUAAAUACUCACCAAAGUGAGUAUGGGCUGUUGAGUCAGAAAGCCAUCCAAUCGCAAUGCAGGUGGAAAUUGUCCAAAAUCAAUGGUAUUUAAAUCAAAUGCUCUUUAACAUUGCGCUGAAAUAGUUAGGAUUCAGAUUUUUCAGAUUAAUAUUUUGUAUUUAUUUAUUAUUGUUUGUGGCUGGAUUGUGUAGUUGUGUCUUAGAUGUUUUAUUUUAUUGGCUUAUAUUCAUCACCAGAAGAGAAGGAUGUAAUGUAUGGCAUUUUUAUUUUUGUAAAGUUUACACUAAUUGGAGUAAGGGGCUUUGGGACCCCUGAACAGAUGGAUAUGGAAGAUUGAGGGAUUUGUGAGGUUUAAAAAAAAAUGAAAAAAUUAUGGGUUCCAGCAGAAUUCCUAUACAAAUAUUCUUUCUGUGUGUUGGUGGGUGGGUUUUCCUGCUGAUAGAUGAAGAUAUCAGUUUCUUGUAGUUUAGUUUAAUUUUGAAUUUGAAGUUUAUCACCAUAGGCAGAAACACUGAUUAGGAUUCAGCAAGUUUUACAUGUUCCAAUCACCUUCUUAUCCAGCCGUAAGUGUGUGAAAAACUAAAUUUAGCACCAGUUUCAGAUGUUGACUUGAAAUACCUUCAGGAACAGUGAUAAAAUGUGUUAAAUAAAUAAACAUGCCAGUGGCCAUGCAUGCUCUGUGCUAGCUCCCAUGCAUGUGAAGAAACUUUUUAAAUUAAUUUGGAAAUUUAGUGUGAAGAAGCAGCAUGUAGAUUUUGAAAAUCACAUGAAUGAUUUAGUAGAUUACAUGGUACCAUCACUCAGGGGAUAGAUACAUCAAUGGUGUGAGAAAAAAAGUGUUUAGAUACAGUUAAACUAAACAUAAUAUGAAGAAACUGGCAGAUAGUACAAAAAGAAAAGCAGCCGCAUCAAACUUUUAUUAUGUUUAUUAAUAUUUUUUCUACGUACAUCCACUGAUCCAACCAUUUCUGUAUAAAUUAUAAUGCUAUGAAAAGCCUGAAACCUGCAUUUAAUUCUACUGGUCAAUACAAGUAAUUAAUUACUGACUUUUUGGGGCUAUUGAAACAUAUAGAAGGGGAAGUGGACACAUGUUUGACCGAAACCUUACCUCACCCAUAGGCUUUGUUUGGGGCUAGUAAGGCCCCCUGGCCCCCAUGGUGGCUAGUUGCCUCCAAGUACCUAUUCACCCCCCUCCCCCCCCACACAGACAAGAAUAUACUUCUUACCAUCACCCUAAAAACAGUGAAGUAGAGCCCAAUUAAUCUAAACCUAAUGGGGGAAAACUCUUCUUUUGGUUUUAACUCUUCUUUUCUACUGUCCCACAAAAUGUAAUAAGUAUUUGUAAUAACCAACGUUUAUUUAUUUUUAAAUAAGAAAAAGAACGCAAAUCACAAAAACUGUGGCUGGAAGGAAGUCCUUAAAAGCUUGUGAUUUAUAGCAGUAAUAUUCAUCAUGGUUAGAUUAGAUUAAAAUUACUUGCUUAUCUAUCUGGAUACCAUGCAUACCUUUACAAAAUAACCCACUUAUUUCUGAGCAGGAUGCUCAACACCUUCUGUAACUGUUUGCAUACAUUUGUCAUUAGUUGCAUGUGUUUUGUUUUGUUUUUUUGCCCACUGUAUAGAGUUCCAGAAUAUGUUGAAGUUUUACAUAUAAACUAUUUAGUUUUUUAAAAUUUCGCCUACAGACAAUUUAUUAGUAUUAGCAACACAGAUAAUAACAAAUGUAGCCACACAAAAACAUCAUAUUACUACAAAAAUAACCCCAGUUCCCAGACUGGCAGCAGAGACCACUAGAAGAUUUAAGAAAGCAUUUUAGUUGUCAAGUUUACACUUUGUUAAAAUACUACUUUUGCUAUUAACACUUUUAAUGUUCCGAUUCAGCUUUUAGUUUUGUGUUCUAAUUUGUUUGCUUUAAGUGGUGCAACACAUAAAGAAAAGAACAGGCAUUUAAAUAGAAACUAAGGCUCAAAAUGAUAAUGUAUUGUCUUAAUAUAUUUUUAUUUUAUUUUUAUUUUUGUUUGUUUCUCUGGGUUUUUUUUUACAUUUUGUAACAGCAAAUAUAUUUCCAUGCCUCAUGGAAUAUAUUUUACUAAUAUGUCAUUAAACAUUAAUUCAAGUAUGGUUAACCUCAUUUUCAAGCUAACAAUUGUGUUUUUGAUUGUUAUAAAAAAACUAACUGUCUGCUUUUAUAUUAAGGAAAUAAGCACCAAGAGUUCUAUAAUGCAUAUGGCGUGGCUCGUGUGAAGCAUGAUGUUUUCUGUUGAUAACCUCAUAUAAAACCCAAGACUCACUCAGAAGGUAUUAAUGGGUUUAGAUUUUUACCAUAUGUGUUCACAGUGAAUUAAUUAACCAAUAUACCUCUAAAGCAGAAACCACUUAAAAUCGCUUGUGAAAUUACAUUUUGUUUUGUUUACAUAAUCAUGUUAGCUUUGUGCAUGUUUAAUGUGUUUGAUAUGUUUCUUAAAUGACCACUAUAGUGCCAGGAAAAUAUACUCGUUUUCCUGGCACUAUAGUGGCCUGAGGGUGCCCCCACCCUCAGGGUCCCCCUCCCGCCUGGCUCUGGAAGGGGGAAAGGGGAUAAAACUUACCUUUUUCCAGCGCUGGGCGGGGAGCUCUCCUCCGAUCCUCCUCUUCUCCUCCCUGUCGGCUGAAUGCGCACGCGCGGCAAGAGCUGCGCGCGCAUUCAGCCAGUCACAUAGGAAAGCAUUCAUUCUGCUUUCCUAUGGACGCUGGCGUGCUCUCACUGUGAAAAUCACAGUGAGAAGCACGCAAGCGCCUCUAGUGGCUGUCAAUGAGACAGCCACUAGAGGAUUAGGGGGAAGGCUUAACCCAUUCAUAAACAUAGCAGUUUCUCUGAAACUGCUAUGUUUAUGAAAAAAUGGGUUAACCCUAGCUGGACCUGGCACCCAGACCACUUCAUUAAGCUGAAGUGGUCUGGGUGCCUAGAGUGGUCCUUUAAAUUCUUCUGCUACAAGACUACGAUAAUAAUUCAUAUUCCAGAUUAUUAGUAAGUCUAAAUGUUAUAUAAUUUUAGUUAUUAAAAGUAUUAAGAUUUCCUCUGCAUGGGCUAAUUAAGCUGAGUGUUGCAGACCUUUACUAAUAUUUCUGAUGUCAAACAUUAACAUGAAGCUGUACCGAGAGAUAUUUUCUUUCUAAUCUUUUGUAUUUUUUUUCUCUACGAUCUCUCACAUUUGUUGGAGCCAGUUCAAAAUAAUUCUGUGAAUUCUCUUCCAGUUUCAGUGUAUGCCAAAAAUUCAUCUGGAUAGUAAAAGCUUUGACUGCUAUAACCUUUCCUUCCUAUCAAUCUAUAUUUUCCAUUUUCUCACCACAGAUUCAUCCUGCCCUGAUAUACUCGUUGUUGUUCUUGUAGAAAUUAUUUGGCAUUGUGUCUGUGUCUUUUGUUAUCUGUUAAGUUUAUCAGUCAUUCCAAUUUAUUCCCCUGUCAGGAAUCCAGUUUGAAGCUUGGUGCUGUGUGCGUCAGAGAGCAGAGAUAUGCAAUAUUGUUAUAUCCUUGUCCCCUUUUCUCAGUACCCUGCGCAAAACACGAAGAGUCCUAAAUGAGCAUGCUUACUCACAUAAUCAUUCUUUCCACUCUGUCUCGCUGUCCUUAGGCCUUUUUGGCCUAGGUUGAAAUGCAUCCUUUCACAUGGGGGAUGGAUAUAUGGGUUAAUAGGGGGGAAAGACUCAGGGGUGGGUGGUAUGGGAGAGAGACAAAAUUUUGUUACCGGGAGAAAUACACAAGAUGGGGAAGGAAGGAUAUGGAAAACAUUGGGACAAAGUUAGGGAGAGGGACAUGGGGAGUGGAACACAAGUGGUGAAGGAGAGAUAUGAGGAAAGAUACACUAGAGGUGGAGUGGGAUUAUAUAGGAUAUGCAGAAGCAAUGGAAAGUAGAUAACUAUAGGGUAAGUAAAAUGUGAAUAGGCAGGAGAAGGAAGUUCUAUGUUAUUUUCUAAUUAAUAUGGAAAGGGCAUUGCGUGGAUAUGUUCGUAAAGGAAUGAGCUUUGAUAUUGGAGCAGGGAACAUCAUCUUGUUCUUGAAUCCAAGCAGCACAAUGCUUUGGGUCCAGAGGCGUAACUAGAAACCACAGGGCCCGGUGCGAAAAUUACCCUGAGACACCCCCCCAUACAUCAAAUCCCCGCCACCCCCUGUACGUCUAUCCUCCCCAUCCCAUAUGUCCCCCACACACACAUACAGACAAACAGAUACACAUGCAGACACACACAUAGACACACACACAUAUACAGAGACACACACAUACACACAGACACAUACACACAAACACACACAUACAAACACACACACACAUAUAGAGACACACAUAUACAGACAUACAUACAAACACACACACAGACAUACACACACAUACAAACAAAAACAGACACAUACAGACACACACACAGACACACAGACUGACAGACACCCACACAUACAUACAGAGACACAUACAGAGAAACAUUCAUACAGAAACACAUACACAAACACACACACAUACAUACAAACACACAUAUACAAAAUGUUUUAGUCACCCUCCUGUUUCCUGCCUUUUAGAUGCAGGAGGGUGACUUCCCUGUGGUCCAGUGGUGGCUUAGGCUGAUGAGAGUCAGAGUUCCCACUCUGACUCCCCCCUCUCCUUCCUCCCGUGCGGCUCCUGGUGUAAGUUCCUCCCAGCGUCUAAUGUCAUCACAAGGAGCUCUGUCUCGCUGUUAAAGCACCGCAACGCUGACCAGGCCCCCUUUAAAUUCAUUGCCAUCAAGUGGACCUAACAGCAUGGGCCCCUUAAAUGCGGCCCAAGUCACUCUAAAUAUUCCCUCAGCCCUGCUUCUCUGAUAUCUUUUCCCCCUGCAGGGAUCGUGACCUCUGCAUGGAAUCGCAGGAAUGUUUUCUUCUUUUUUACAAUCUUUUUUUUUUUUUUUAGAAGGGAAGGGCAGGUGGAGGUGCAGACCACAUACCCAACACAAUGUAAUUUCCCCUUGUGUUUAAAAAAAGUUUUAUUUUUUUAAUUAUAAAAUAUAAGCAAUGAAUUAUUCUUAUUACACACCAUAAUUGUAUAUAUAAUAUAUUAUGAAUUAUUUAUGAUUAACAUCAAUUCCAUUAAUAAAGCCCCUAUCCCACCCUCUAUACCGCUUAUACACUCACUACGGUCUGCACACUGACUACAGCCUCCCCCUCCCCCAUACAGAUACUUUACCUCUAUACAUGCACCCUACAGCACCAAUACACACAUUAGGCCCACUAUAUAAACACACCCACUAUACACAUACUUUGCAACCUCUAUACGCAUGCACACUGUAGUCCCUAGAUGUACAACACCCAUUUUCAACACCCCAUACACACACAAACUCUACAGCAUCAGUAUAUGUGCAAUCACUCCACAGUGUCUGGCCAUACAUAGUACAUCACAAACAGAAUCCUCUAUACAAUCACUACACGACAAGCAGUUCCCUCUACACCACAAACAAUUCCUUUAAUUCCACACACAGUCUCAAAACACAUACAACACAAGACAGGCUACCACACAUGCACAAUAAACUUUACCAUCCCUGUCCCACUUUUGUUUUCUGGUAUUCCACUUAUGGAGACCGCAGAUAUAAGUCAUCAGUGUAAAAUGCAAACACAGGGCAUUUUCCACAUCUGAGAACACCUCAGGAGGGCUCUGCAUUUGGUAUGUCCUGAAGGGGCAUCAAACUAAUAUUCUAUACCUGAUGUGUGCUUGUCACUGGUGAUGACAUAAGAUACCCCCUCUGUGGCCUCAACCUUUCUACGAACAAAUGUUUGCCUCACUACUUAUGUUUGUCCGCAGUUACUAAAACCCUGGCCAAGCCAAAGUAAUCUCUGGGAGUGUGGAUGUUGAUGUCUUAAAGAUUGUAAUCAUCUGUACGUAUACCCAAUAUUUAGCAGAAUGUAUUUGCGAGGUCUGGAAGCUAAAAUUAAACAUAGCAAUUAGGCAUGUGCAUGGGGAAAAUUUUCGGUUUGGCAUUCCAAAAUUCGGCACUUUCGCAAUUCGGGACUUCAGCAAUUGGGCACUUCAACACUACGGAACUUCGGCACUUCAGUAUUUUGGAACUUCGGCACUUCAGCACUUCGACACUUCGGAAAUUCGGCAACUUCGGCAUUUCGGGACUUCGGCACUUCGGGACUUAUCUUGCAGCCGCUUAGUAGAUAACUCCCUAAUUCCCACGGUAAAAAUUACUUAGUAUUAGUAGAUUUUGCCCCUAUUCGCUAUACCGCGAGUAGGGGCAUGUCUAGUAAACAGUGAGCAGCCUGAAAAUAGCCCCCCCGGCCCUCACCCCUGAGCAGCGGGUGCGGGCCCUAAAGUAAAAUGAUGGGGGGGACCUAUUGUCCUCCCCCCUGGCCCCCUCCCCUGAACUUCUAAUGUCCUUCCCCUGGCCCCCACCCCUGAGCGACAGGUGGGGUUUUUAAAUACCAAUAAGGGGGGGACCUAAUGUCCUUCCCUCUGGCCCCCACCCCUGAGCAGCAGGUGGGGACCUAAAUACUAAUAAGGGGGAGACCUAAUGUCCUCCCCCAUGGCCCCCACCCCUGAGCGGCGGGUGGGGGCCCUCAAUUGGAAUAAGGGGGGACCUAGUGUCCUCCCCCUGGCCCCUACCCAUGAGCAGUGGGUGGGGGCCCUAAAUACUAAUAAGGGGGGGGACCUAAGGUACUCCCCCAUGGCCCCCACCCCUGAGCGGCAGAUGGGGGCCCUAAAAAUGUUUUUACCCCCAGGUGACUAGGGGUCCCCAAACCCCUAGUCACCCCCUCCCCCCCAAAAAAAGAAUUAACCCCCUACCUACCCCCCUCACCCUAAAAAUAAUGAGGGGGGGACCUUUAACUAAGUACCUGUAAAAAAAAUAAAACUUACCAUUCAAUGUUUUCUUUCUUCUAAAAUCUUCUUUUUUCAGCCCCCCCAAAAAAAAAAUUAAAAAAAUCCAUAAUAACCGAUAAAAAAAAAAAAAAAACUGAGCGCAAAAAUAAUAAUCCAUCUUCACCCAUGGAGGGCUCCGUGCAGCUUAUAAAGCCUUGCCCGACCCUGCAAUUAGGCUCAGAGAACUCUGAUUGGUGGGUUUAAGCCAUCCAAUCUGAGUGCUCUGACAGGUAAAUGAAGAGACUAACAGGUAAUUCUCUACAUUUACCUGUCACAGCACUCUGAUUGGUUGGUUUGAAAUCCACCAAUCAGAGUGCUCUGUGUCAUUUUACACAGCGUGGAAAAGUUCUUUUGAAUUUUCCCACGCUGUGUAAUUUGACUCAUAACACUCUGAUUGGUGGAUUAAGUAGCCAAUCAGAGUGUUAUGAGUCAAAUUACACACUUCGCACUUCGACACUUCGGAACUUCGGCCCUUCGACACUUCGGAAAAUCUGCAAUUUUGGAACUUCGGGACCUCUGCCUUUCGGAGAUUCGGAUAUUCGGACCGAAACGAAUUGCACAUGUCUAAUAGCAAUCUUUACUGCUAGAGUUAAAUUAUAUCCUAGAUGUGGGCACCUUUAUCUUGGUUCGUUAUCAAUCAGCACUAUAAUAGUUUUCUGCCACUGAAGAUAGAUGAAGAGGAGAAACUGAAAAUGUUUCUGUUUUCCUCAUUUGCAUUGUGUGUCCUGACUGUGCCUGGAGUCAACUGAAUUAUGAUUUCACUCUCUGAUAUACUGUACAUUUAAAAGAAAAUGGAGCAUUACAUGAAAAACAAAAUGUUAACACAAGUUAUAGGUGAUUUUCAAUGGUGCAUUUAUAAAAGACAUAGCAGCACCCCUAUUGUUAUGUUAUAAUCAGUAGAAUCGUAUAAUUGUAGCUCAAGCAGAAGCAGGAAUUUUGCUUUGCAGUCGCAAACAUCUAUAAUUUUCUAAAUGACCAAAAACAAAAUUAAAAAAAAAAACUCUUAAUGCUCUAAAUUGAAUUAAAAAUGUAUCAGAUGCAGUUAUGUAAGUAAAGGCAACAUAAUUAUCAAUAGUAUAUUUUUAUUUCUAUGGUACUCUGGUACUAUUCCUUUGUUCUCAUUAUAGAUUAAUAACUAAAGAUUGUCCCAAAAAAAGUAUCUUUUUACUAAACAUUUGCACUAAACAUUGUGGUGAUUAGACAACCACAUUUUUCCAACCCUAGCGUCUUUGUCUAAUUUUUGGAGGUGGUUGUCAGCACAACGCAAUUCACUGUUUAGUGCAAAUACUCCAUUGUCUUAAAGUACACAGAUAAAAUACAGACCGUUUUCUAGGUACAUCAGCAUGAUCUGGCUAAUGUGCUAAGAUAUUAUUGCAAAGUGUGUCAUAUAUCAUUAGGGUGAUUAAUGAAACAGGCUUGUGUGUGCGGAAGUCAAUGUUUUCAGAUGCAUUAGUAUGCAGUGCAUUAGCCAGGAAACUACUGGGAAUACCAGCUCUUAAACUCACCCUAUAAGUUAAUAUAGUUUUAAUGUUUGCCAAUACUGAGAUCUGGCCUUUAAUCGUGCAUUUAUUAUGUUAUUUGUGGCCAUAUCGAUAGGUCAUUCUCCUGCUCCUGGAACUUCGCAGCAGAUGAUGCCCAUUGAGGAAGUUGUGGAAGAAGAAGUCUUUGAACCAGCAUAUCCAAACGCUGCAAGAAGUCAGCAAAGGCCAAGAACACGUAACCAGAUUUCCAAAGCCGAGGGUAUUCCAUGGAACAAUAAAUAA